GGUGUCGAUACCUAGACUUUGUAUUUUGAAUAUAAUCUCGACGGAGUAUAGAAUAGACAAGGCAAUUAAUUGAAAGCAGAUUACAAUAGAUGAUGUCAGAGAAAGAAGAGACACCAAUAAAGAAUAACUCUGACCAAUCAGUUGAAGGUUCAGGUUUGAAGACUGAAAAACUACCAGAAUCUGGAGCUCAAACACCGGCUACUGAGAAUGCUACCAAUGACGGUACGCCAGCAACCGAGUCACAUGAAGCUGCUGGUGAUAAACCAGCUGAUUUGCAAAAAGAAAGGGAAUUGUUUUCCGAAAGGGUUAAAACUUAUUUGGUUGAGCAAACCAAGCAUGUUGUAAUUCCAUCAUACUCAAAAUGGUUUGAUUUAGAUACUAUUCACCAAAUUGAAAAGAAGCUGUUUCCGGAUUUCUUCCCAAAUAAGCUUCAUUCUGAAACCCCAAGAUCGGUGUAUAAGACACCAGAAGCUUAUAAACAUAUAAGGGAUUUUCUUGUCAAUGCUUAUAGGAUCAAUCCUAUAGAGUAUUUGAGUGUUACUGCUGUUCGUCGUAACCUAGCGGGAGAUGUUGCUACUAUAAUAAGAAUUCAUAAAUUUUUAGAAAAAUGGGGGUUAAUUAAUUAUCAAAUUGAUCCUAGAACCAAAUCUUCUACAGUCGGCCCUCAAUAUACUGGACAUUUUCAAAUAACUUUGGAUACACCCAAAGGAUUAGUUCCUUUAAUCCCAGAAAAUGUUCAAGAUACAAAGAAUGAUUUACCGUCCCCUUCUGCUUCUUCUGUUGAACCAGAAGAAGAAACCAUUAAAAGUGAAGCGGGUAUUCCUUUGAAUUUAGAACUUAGACGUAAUGUUUAUAAUGAUAUUUCAUCAAAAGAUAAUAAUAAUACUAAUCCAGUUCAAUAUUUUUGCAGUAUCACUAAUAAAGAAACUGGAGAUGUUAGAUAUCAUAAUUUGAAAAGUAAAACUUAUGGGAAUAGUGCUUUAAAUCCUGCUAAUGCUUCUAUUAUAAGCUCGGAAGCAUUCGAUCAAGGUUUAUUUCCUUCCAAUUUCCAAUCAUCGGAUUUUGUUAAGUUACAAAAUGAAUCAAGCUCCUCCAAUUGGAGCGAACAAGAAGUUUUACUCUUAUUAGAAGGUGUGGAAAUGUUUGCAUCAUUUGAUUCACAAAAUCAAAGUUAUUUUGUUAAUAAUAAUGGUCAAUGGGAUAAAGUAAGUGAACACGUUGGAACCAAAGAUAGAGAACAAUGUUUGAUCAAAUUUAUUCAAUUACCAAUUGAAGAUAGGUACUUGAAUAAAUUGAUCAAUUCAGGAAAAGAUGAAUCAAGUUCUGGGUUUGAUAAGGAAACCAUAAUACAGGAGGUUGUUAAAAAACUCAUAACAACUCAACAAGGGAAAGAUUUAGUUAAAGAAAAUUCUGAUAAGAAUUUAAAAGAAUCGAUAAUCAAUCAACAAUCUCUUAUUAACCAAACUAUUGAAUUAACUUUGGAAAAAUUUCAAACAAAACUAAAUUUGAUUGAUAAUUUAGAAAAAAAUUUAAUUAAAACUGAAAAUUUACUUAACUUACAAAGAAAACAACUUUUAAUUGAAAGAUGGCAUAAUUUUGAGAAGAUUGAUAAGUUUAAAAAGCAAAAUAACAACCCAGAAUUAAGUAGUCUUUUGGACGAUUUAUUAACUCCAAUCAGCAUUAAUGAAGUUAAUAAGACUUUUAAUAAAGUUAACUUGGAUGACAAAAAAGCCAACUCCAGUGAAAUGGAAAUUGACAAGGAUAGUGCUGAAAAUGACUCUAAUAGAAAUGAAGAUGAAAAUUUACCAAUCAGUAUUACCCAGCCAAAAAGUUACCAAUUCUGGUCCGCUUAAGUUAAGUCUGCUUAGUCUUGUGUAUUUUAUUAUCAGGUGAUUUCAUGGAAGGUUCGUCUUUCUCUAUGUAUGAUUAUUGAAGUGUUUAUUGUCCUCUUCUUAAUAAUUUGAACUUCUGGUGAUUGGCAUAGCCAUGUCUUCUAACCGGU